AGGUUGGAGGGUCGAGUGGGGGCUGUGCUGGCAGCGGCUGCUUUGGCGGCGGUUGGUGGCCGUGGGGGCGGGAAGAGGAGGUGGAGGAGGCUUGGGCUCGCGCAGCUUAAGUCAGCUUACCCGCUGGCCGCCUCCUGACAAGCGGGAGGGAUCCGCCGUGGACCCAGGGAAGCGGAGGAGCCUGGCGGCCACCCCCUCUUCCCCACUUCCCUGCACUCUCGUCGCUCUCGGCCUCGGCCUCCGACACGAAAAGGAAGCAAAUGAACUGAUGGAAGAUCUGUUUGAAACUAGACAGGGUCUCGCUAUGUUCUGGAACUCACAGGCUCAAGUAAUCUUCCUGCCUCAACCUCCCAAAGUGCUGGAAUUACAGUUCCAAGAUGAGAUGGGAUUCUCCAACAUGGAAGAUGACGGCCCAGAAGAGGAGGAGCGUGUGGCUGAGCCUCGACCUAACUUUAACACUCCUCAAACUCUACGGUUUGAGGAACUACUGGCCAACCUACUAAAUGAACAACAUCAGAUAGCAAAGGAACUACUUGAACAGCUGAAGAUGAAGAAAUCUUCAGCCAAACAGCAGAAGGAGGUAGAGAAGGUUAAACCCCAGUGUAAGGAAGUUCAUCAGACCCUGAUUCUGGACCCAGCACAGAGGAAGAGACUCCAGCAGCAGAUGCAGCAGCAUGUUCAGCUCUUGACACAAAUCCACAUUCUUGCCACCUGCAACCCCAAUCUCAAUCCGGAGGCCAGUAGCACCAGGAUAUGUCUUAAAGAGCUGGGAACCUUUGCUCAAAGCUCCAUCGCCCUUCACCAUCAGUACAACCCCAAGUUUCAGACCCUGUUCCAACCCUGUAACUUGAUGGGAGCUAUGCAGCUUAUUGAAGACUUCAGCACACAUGUCAGCAUUGACUGCAGCCCUCAUAAAACUGUCAAGAAGACUGCCAAUGAAUUUCCCUGUUUGCCAAAGCAAGUGGCUUGGAUCCUGGCCACAAGCAAGGUUUUCAUGUACCCAGAGUUACUUCCAGUGUGUUCCCUGAAGGCAAAGAAUCCCCAGGAUAAGAUACUCUUCACCAAGGCUGAGGACAAUUUGUUAGCUUUAGGACUGAAGCAUUUUGAAGGGACUGAGUUUCUUAACCCUCUAAUCAGCAAGUACCUUCUAACCUGCAAGACUGCCCGCCAACUGACAGUGAGAAUCAAGAACCUCAACAUGAACAGAGCUCCUGACAACAUCAUUAAAUUUUAUAAGAAGACCAAACAGCUGCCAGUCUUAGUAAAAUGCUGUGAAGAGAUCCAGCCACAUCAGUGGAAGCCACCUAUAGAGAGAGAAGAACACCGGCUCCCAUUCUGGUUAAAGGCCAGUCUGCCAUCCAUCCAGGAAGAACUGCGGCACAUGGCUGAUGGUGCUAGAGAGGUAGGACAUGUGACUGGAACCACUGAGAUCAACUCAGAUCAUGGCCUAGAAAAAAACAACUCGGAGUUGGAGAGUGAAACUCGGUACCCACUGCUAUUACCUAAGGGUGUGGUCCUGAAACUGAAGCCAGUUGCCAACCGUUUCCCCAGGAAGGCUUGGAGACAGAAGCGUUCAUCAGUCCUGAAGCCCCUCCUUAUCCAACCCAGCCCCUCUCUCCAGCCUAGCUUCAACCCUGGGAAAACACCAGCCCAAUCAACUCAUUCAGAAGCCCCUCCGAGCAAAAUGGUGGUCCGGAUUCCUCACCCGAUUCAGCCAGCCACUGUUUUACCGACAGUUCCAGGUGUCCCUCCACUGGGGGUCAGUGGAGGUGAGAGUUUUGAGUCCCCUGCAGCACUGCCUGCUAUGCCCCCUGAGGGCAGGACAAGCUUCCCUCUGUCUGAGUCCCAGACUUUGCUCUCUUCUGCCCCUGUGCCCAAGGUAAUGCUGCCCUCCCCUUCCCCUUCUAUGUUUCGAAAGCCAUAUGUGAGACGGAGACCCUCAAAAAGAAGGGGAGCCAGGGCCUUUCGCUGUAUCAAACCUGCCCCUGUUAUCCAUCCUGCAUCUGUUAUCUUCACUGUUCCUGCUACCACUGUGAAGAUUGUGAGCCUUGGCAGUGGCUGUAACAUGAUCCAGCCUGUCAAUGCGGCUGUGGCCCGGAGUCCCCAGACUAUUCCCAUUACCACCCUCUUGGUUAACCCUACUUCCUUCCCCUGUCAAUUGAACCAGCCCCUUGUGGCCUCCUCUGUCUCACCCUUAAUUGUUUCUGGCAAUUCUGUGAAUCUUCCUAUACCUUCCACCCCUGAAGAUAAGGCCCACGUGAAUGUGGACAUUGCUUGUACUGUGGCUAAUGGGGAAAGUGCCUUUCAGGGCCUAGAACCCAAAUUAGAGCCCCAGGAACUAUCUCCUCACUCUGCUACUGUUUUCCCCAAAGUGGAACAUAGCCCAGGGCCACCACCAGCAGAUGCAGAGUGCCAAGAAGGAUUGUCAGAGAACAGUGCCUAUCGCUGGACUGUUGUGAAAACAGAGGAGGGAAGACAAGCUCUGGAGCCGCUGCCUCAGGUCAUCCAGGAGUCUCUAAACAACUCUUCCUCUGGGGAUUUAGAGGAAGUUGUCAAGAUGGAACCUGAAGAUGCUACAGAGGAAAUCAGUGGAUUUCCUUGAGGAAGGAGAAUAGAGUCUGGAGACUGGGAGCCUUCACUUCAGCCUCCGAUUGGUGGCGAAUAGGACGUAACCAAUAGGAAACCUUUAAAAGGGUACUUAAACCGCAGAAGAUUUUGCAACUGGGGCUCUUGAGCAGCUUGCUUUAGCCUGCUCCAACUCUGUGGAGUAUACUUUUGCUUCAAUAAAUCUGUGCUUUCAUUGCUUCGUUUCA